AUGCUGGAGACGCGCAUGCGGCUGUACAGCGCCCGCCUGCACGCCCCAGAGCCCUGUGACAGAAGAGAGCGCAGGGACAGCUGCCAGAAGAACCACAGAGAGCUGCUGGAGGCCAUCCCCGAGACCCUGACUGUCCAGCCCCAGCACCAGCCCCAGCACCAGCACCAGCAUCAGCAUCAGCAUCAGCUCCAGUGCGCCCCCCUGGGGAUGGGAGGCCUCACAGCCCCUCCACCUCGCGGACUCUUCAGGGUAUCUUCAGUCCAGUUCCGCAAGGCCGAUCGUCCGUGUCUGAACAGACACAGCUCCAGCAGUGGCUCCCUCUUCACCCAGUCUCUGGCCCCCCUGGCCCUCCCGGGAGCCCCUGGCCCCGUCCUCUCCACCUGCAGUACCCCCUCCGGCCACCGGAGGCCCUCUGAACCGGCGCUGCAGCAUUCUGGCUCAGUGUCGGCGGGUGCGCUAAGGAGGAGCCGGACCCUCCACCACCGGCCGCCACCCCAGGAAUACCGGCGGCGCGCCAGCCACCCAGCCUCUCCCUCCUACGCCACGCUGCACCACUGCGGAGGGGUGGCAGCGCCACCUAGAGGCCUAGAGAUGGGCCUGCUGGAGCAGCCAGGCCUCCAGCCCCCAGCCGGCCUGGCCCUUUCCCCCCAGCUGCAUGCCCCCGUGCUGGGGGAGCACCGGGGAGCAGGGCCCCUGCCCUGCGGCCCCUGCUACGACAACAACGCUAACCAGCUGGCACACAGCCGGCGGGUGCAGCACGGGAGGAGCUUUCUGAUGGAGCUGCCUGCCAGGGAACGAGAGCGAGAGAGGGAACGAGAGCGAGAGAGGGAACGAGAAGGACAGCGGGAACGGGAAAGAGACGCUCGCUUCCAUUCCCUGGGCCACCCUCCCCAGCAAGGAGACAUCCACGACACGUGGCCCAAGCCGGCGAGUCGCCAGUCCCAGGGCUCUGGGGGCGGCGGGGGCCUCUACAGCACCCUGGAGGGCCACGUGGGCACCGGGACCGGGCCGCUCGGCGCUCCCGCCUCCAGGAGCGGUCUCCAGAACCAGAGCCUCAACACCGCUCCCACCCCCCCACGCCUCUCCAGGAACCAGAUGCUGAGGGAGCGGGCCCUGCGGCUGGCGGACGAGCGCAGCGGGAUGAGCACGGACGAGGAGAGCCACGGGGACAUGCUCCGGGGCCGCUACUGGAGCCGCACAGAGAGGAGGGAGCACCUCCUAUUGGCCCGCGAGCAGCGACAUCAGCAGCAGCAAGCCCGCGGGGGCGGGGCUGGGAAAGAGGGCGGGGUCGGCGCGAGGGGCGGGGCUACACGAGAGGGGUUGGUCUCCAAGGCGGUGGAAGGCGGGUCCCAGGGGGGAGGUGGGGAAAGGGGCGGAGCUUUGGGAGACGGACGGAGCAACACGGUCCUGGAGCUCAGCCACAGGAAGUUGAGUCGCAUGCGGAACAGGAAGGUGCUUGAUGAUUGGACGACGGUGGAGGAGCUGCUGACUCAUGGAACGAGGAUGGGGAGUGGAGAGAUCCUUUGUCCCAGCUCGCUGCUCACUGUUACCACUGUGUGA